UAAAUAAACCUUCAAAAUCAUUUCACAGACACUUAGUUUUCUCCGUCUCUCUCCGUCUCUCUAAAGGCUUAAGCUUUUUAUCUCUCUAGAAUCUCUAAUGGCCGCUUCCACAGGUUCUUUGAUUUCCAUGCAAUCUCGUCAUGGAAUGGCCACAUCCAGGAUCUGUAGUUUGAAGCCAGUUUCACUUUCAAAUCAAGGAAGAAGCUACCUGUCUUUUGGGUUGCGGUCUAUGCCAGCUCGCAGCCUCAGGGUUUCAUGUGCUGCCAAACCAGAAACAGUUGAAAAGGUGUGUGAGAUAGUGAAGAAACAGCUGGCAUUAGCUGAUGGAACUCCUGUUACUGGGGAAUCCAAAUUUACAGCACUUGGGGCUGAUUCACUUGAUACGGUUGAGAUUGUGAUGGGACUUGAGGAGGCAUUUGGUAUCAGUGUUGAAGAGGAGAGUGCCCAAAGCAUUGCAACAGUUCAGGAUGCUGCUGAUCUUAUUGAGAAGCUUGUCGAGAAGAAAGAUUAGAGGAAACAAUGAUCAGAGUUGGAGAUCAUUUUUCACCUGCACUUAUGUUUCUUGUUAGUCUGCUAUAGAUGGAAUGCUAGGCAAUCUUGUUGUGGUUAUGUUUUGUUGGUUUCUUCUAGAAAAACUCAUAAAUCGCCAGGUUGUGAACUUGAGUUGUGUUUUCAGAAACGAACUUGGCAUUUCUUGCUUAAUAUUGAUAAACUUUUUACA